AUGGAUUUGUCUACAGUGGCUAUUGAUGUUAAACAAUAUCCUGAUCAAUCUACUUUUCAAUCAUUCAUCAACAAAAUUAAGUAUCAUAAUUUGUUUGAAGUAAAAUUACAAAUGACAUCAUCAACCAAUGAAGCAGAUAAAAUAACCAAAACACUUGAUAUAUCCAAUGAAUCAUCACUUCCUUCAUUGACUUAUUCUGAUUUUUUAUCCGACGAUAAUACGCAAUCUACUAUCACAAAAUGCAACAAACUGAAUCGUUCAAAAUCGCUACGAUCAGCGUUACGAGUAUCUUCCAAGACAGAUUUAAGAAGGCAAAAAAGCGUACAUUUUGCAGAUUCAUUUGGUUUGGAUCUUGUACAUAAAAAUUAUUAUGAAGAAGAUGAUUUAUCAGUCGAAUUACAAAGGUUUGGUGAAACAUUUUCUUCAUUAUCUACCAAAAUUACUAAACGUUCACGAAAUGUUAUGCUAAAAUUAGCAAAAUUUCAAGAACGCACUGAUGCCGAAAUUAACUAUUUGACACGUAUCCAAUCAGUUUGCUUACAACGUGUUAAAUUCGUCGAUACAAAUAUCGUUGGUACCAUAAAUGUCCUUAAUAUAGCAUAUGAAAAACAGGUAUACGUCAGAUAUACUACAGAUAAUUGGAGAACAUACAUCGAAACAGCAGGACGAUACGAAAGUUCAGGAUUAGAAGAUGGCACUAUUGACAAAUUCACAUUUAUCAUAUCACUUCCCAUCGAUUUGCCGAUUGGUGCAAUAUGUGAAUUUUGCAUACGUUAUAUGGUUAGUGGUACCAUGUACUGGGACAAUAGUCAAGGAGCCAAUUAUAUUGUUCAAGCAGUGAAAAAAAUUCCCAUGGAGUUGAAAUCGUCUGCAAAAUCAUUUAGAUCAUCGGAUAAUAUUUUUAAUCAAAAGAUUAUGAACGAUUAUUGA